CGCGCGGGCAGGGGCUUUGCUAACUGCCAAGCAGGAAGUGAGCGCGGGGAAGAGCUGCGGAGGAGGCGCUGGAGGAGGCGCUGGAGGAGGAGGGGCGCGCGGAGCCACUGAGAUUUGCUGCCCGCGCGUCGGAACUGCAGGGCUCCCUGGCUCCGCACCCGGCUCUCCUCCCCAGUCCCGGAGGCCGCCCAGGCCCCUCGGGCGCCCGUCGGCCCCACCCCGCCCCCAUGGCUUCUCCGGACGACCCUCUGCGCGCAGAUCAUUUGGCAAAGGAACCAGUGGAAGACACAGACCCCAGCACUAUAUCCCUUAAUACGUCAGACAAGUAUCCCAUUCAAGACACAGGACUCCCUAAAGAAGAGGAGUGUGAUCCAAUUACUUUGAACUGCCCAGCAAAUUCCGAUGUGCAGCACCAGGGAGAAGAAAAUGGCUUUCGAGACAGUACUGGAGACCCCCUUUCAGAUGUGAGCAAGGAUGUGUCCUGCACGGAGACCUGUUCCUGUCCCUCCUGUUCGCUGCAAGUCCCCACCAUCAGCGACUUGCUCAAUGACCAGGACUUACUAGAUGUGAUCAGGAUAAAGCUGGAUCCCUGUCACCCAACAGUCAAAAACUGGAGGAAUUUUGCAAGCAAGUGGGGCAUGCCCUACGACGAGCUGUGCUUCCUGGAGCAGCGACCGCAGAGCCCCACCCUGGAGUUCUUGCUCCGGAACAGUCAGAGGACGGUGGGCCAGCUGAUGGAGCUCUGCCGGCUGUACCACCGGGCCGACGUGGAGAAGGUGCUGCGCAGGUGGGUGGACGAGGAGUGGCCCAAGCGGGGGCGUGGAGAGCACCCCAGGAACUUCUAGACCUUGGCUCCUUCUCAUUGGCCUCUCGGACAUUGAAACACGCGCAGGUUAAGGAGCAAUGUGAAUCUGUUCUUUUUCUUCUCUUUUCCCACAUUGUGCUGCGUGCAGGAUCUUAGUUCCCUAGCCAGGGAUCGAACCCAUGGUGCCUGCCCUGGGAGCGUGGAGUCUUAACCACUGGACCGCUGGGGAAGUCCUGACUCUGUUCUUUUCCAGGUUUAGGAGAAGGGCCCAGAGCCAUGGACACUGGUUUUCCCCAGAGCUGGCAGUUUUGUGGAGGGGUCGGGUAUGUUUUUGGUGGUGGAAUUUCCUUUAGUUUUGCACAUCUGUUUUAAUUUAAUAUUUGAAUCUGGAAUUGGGGAAGAUGUGUUGUAAGCUCCUACGGGGACCAGGGCCAAAUCUAUAAUCGGAAUGGAUUCAUGCCAUGAUGAAAAUAAAAGUUCCCCUCCUUUAAAUACUGAAGAUUGAGACUGGAGCUAAGAUGGUUGAUGGCUCCCAAAAGUCAUCAUCCGCAAGAUCCGGGAUGAGUAUUGACACUCCCACAGUUUAGAAGAAAACCACAGAGAGCAGUCACCCUUUACUCUGUUACUCUUUUUGUUACAAAGUGCAUAAGUGAACUUACAGGUUACUGGCAUUAUGUAGUGAUACACUCUAGGACACAGGUGCCCUCUUUCUCAUUCAAGCACUUGCAUAAUCUGGGUGCUGUCAAAGAGGUCUUUGCUUGAGUAUUUUUGAAAGAAAUGUUUAUUAAAACAGUUGGUUAUUGGGAAGACAAAGUCAGGAAUUAGCAGGGUAAUAAGGACCACCACGGGAAAGGUAUUGACAAAGAGUUGGCCCUCCCAGUAUCCUUGCCUUUUUAAAAGUUAAUUUAAUAUUUAUUUCUAUGUCUUUUCUAUCAGGUCAAGUGUUUUGCCCCAGAGAGAAAGCUCAGUUGAGAAAUAAAUAAAAAUCUGGGGAGGGAGGAGGGGUUCAGGAUAGAAGGGACACAUGUAUGCCUGUGGUCAGUUCAUAUUAAUGUAUGGCAACAUCCAUCACAAUAUUGUACAGUUCAGAUAUUGUACAUCACAAUUCAGCCCAUAGGUGAAAGGCAACCCCCUCUAAAACCUAUUAUCUCAGCUUAAGACAGAGCCUCAGUAUGACCCAGCACAUUAGCCAAGAAAGAGAAAUCUUUAAUGAUGAUAUUGGAAGGGGAGCUGUGCUUUAAAAUCCAAAUUUUAGAGGAUUAACCAAAUGAAAGAUUAGAUCCAAAGAAUAUCCAGAAUUCUUGUUUGAUGGUUUACUGUGGAAGCUGUGGAGGAUGGGAGGGAAGCCUUGGUUUACUUGACAGUUUCAUAAAAGUGCUAUUUGGUUUUGGCUAUAGGCUUAGAAAAUUAAGGUACUUCAUCCAGUUUGGGAGGAUUCCGUAUAAAUCCCUGACUAAAAGAAGCAAAAGUGGUGACUAACAUUAAUAGAAGUAUAAGAAAGAUUAGGAUUAACUCAAAGUUAUUUUCUAAACCACUGACAUUUUUCCCCCACUGUUUAUAGCAGUUACAGAGGUUGCUGAUAUGUAGUCAUCAAAUGUUAUCUCUAAACUUGCAAAAUUACUGUAGAGACCUACCAAUCACUUCCGAUUUAGUCAGUGUUAGUCACACCUAGCUCGUCAGAUUUAGCAGAUAAAUGCCAAGUUUAUCAAAAGAUGUACUUAAAGCAGCAGUCAGAAAUAAAAGGUAAAUUUUAAAAACUGAGUUCUUUUGCAGCUUGACGUCCAAUGGGGUGGUUGUUACAUGUUGCUUGUCUGCCCUGUUCUUGGCACUGUACAGAACAUCUGAUUUUGUACCACGUUCGAGAUCCCAGGUGGAGCAAUGGUGAAGAAUCUGCCUGCCAGGGCAGGAGACGCAAGAACUCGGGUUCUAUGCCUCGGUCGGGAAGCUCCCCUGGAGGAGGAAAUGGCAGCCCUCUCCAGUAUUCUUGCCUG